AGUGCAGUAGUUAGCAAACAGACCGCAGCUACAGCUUCUCCGCCCUUCGAGAGGUGGGACUGCGACCAGAACGGACUUAUAUGUCACAACGACCCUAUACAACCUGAAAAGACUCCAAACGGGUCAGCAGAUUAAAAAAAAGGUCACAUUUGAACAAGACUUGUCUUUGGGAAAUAUUGUGUUUGCUCUUUUUUGAACACUUAUAAUGCGCACAGGGGAUCUAUGAAGACGCAGGAAGGUUUUCCACUGUCAACAGGAGACUUGGGGAACAGGGAGUGAUCUGCCUGCCUGCAGCCCCCAUGCCAAGCCUUAGCUCCACCGCGCCUCGUUAUGAAAACUGGGACAUGGACCACCUCGACCACUACCAACAUUAUUUCUACGACGACCGCGACCCGGAUGAGGAUUUCUUCAAGUCCACAGCGCCCAGCGAGGACAUAUGGAAGAAAUUCGAGCUGGUGCUGACCCCACCCAUGUCCCCUAUCCGGGCGGUGGAAGGGUCUGGCAGGGUCGGUCUGCUGUACCCGUCUCUGGGGGACAAGCUAGAGUGGGUCUCCCAGUUUUUAGGGCAGGAGGAUGAACAGCAGCAGGACCUGCCUUGCAAGCUGACCACUACUAGUGACUCCAUCGGGAACCUGAGCUCCAUCAUCAUCCAGGACUGCAUGUGGAGUGGCUUGUCGGCUGGGCAGCAGCUGGAGAGAGUUGUCGGGGAGCGCUUCGCCUCCUAUCCCGCCAAAGUCGCUGCCAGUUCUGCACUUGCAUCCCUGGGGAGGGCGCAGUGUGCCCCAGCUGACGCGCCAGCCCCCGGCGGCUUGUCUGCGGACUGUGUAGACCCUGCUGCGGUGCUCACUUUCCCGUUAAUCGGUGGGUGCAAGAAACAAGUGUCCUCUGGUUCAGAGUCUCACACCGACUCGUCAGAUGAUGACGAUAAGGAUGAGGAUGAAGAAGAGAUUGAUGUGGUGACAGUGGAGCACAAGCAGCAAUGUAAACCUCGUCGACUGGUCAGCACUCGUAAACCUGUGACCAUAACGGUGCGAGCUGACCCCCUUGAUCCUGGCACGAAGCGUUUCCACAUCUCCAUCCACCAACAGCAGCACAACUACGCUGCCCCUUCUCCAGACAUUCUCCCCCCACCAGCUGAACCACCUCGGAAGAGGGUUCGGCAGGAGGCCUCCGUCCAGCCAACCCAGCCUCCCCAGAACCCACAUUGCCAGCAGCCCCGACCUGGCCACGCCCCUCUGAACCUGGAAAGCAGAAAGUCUCAUGUGACUGUGGCUGGAGUCAGGUCAGAGUUGCCCAACCUCAGCGCCACCUCUCCUACUUCCUCCGCAUUGCCUUCUUCUCCUCCUUACUCCUCUUCCUCCCAUCCCCACAGCUCCCCUCUAAAGGCCCACUCCCACCUCUCCAGCCCCCAGUCCUCAGACUGUGAGGACACUGACAAGCGCAAGGCGCACAACUUCCUGGAGCGCAAGCGCCGUAAUGACCUGCGCUACCGUUUCCUGUCACUGCGGGACGAGAUCCCGGGCUUAGCAGACUGCCCCAAAACGCCCAAGGUGGCAAUUCUGACACGAGCCACGGAGUACCUGCAGCAGCUUCAUGCCAACGAGAGACAGAAGGCUCAGGAGAGGAAGCAGCUGAAAGCCAGGCAGCUGCAGUUGCUGCAGAGGUUGGCACAGCUCAAACGAUCCAGAGCAUCUGGGUUAGCUGUCGCCACACAUGGACACUCACACAGCUGAAUGGGACUACGUGAAGGCGACACUAAUAUUCACUUUGAGUUAGUCACAUUGGUGUAGUGCGGUAUUUUUUUUUUUCUUUUUUUCAGAUUUUUGUGGUUUGCACAUUGGUGUCUGAGUAAUUGACAAGGCCACAAGCCAGUCAGGACAGCAAGCUAGGGACUCAGCCUGCAGGGCAUCUUACAGGCAGAUUAAUGUGGUUAAUAAGUAUAGGUUUGUCACACUGUUUAUUUUCCCCUUGCUAAAUAUGUUCAAAUUUGUUGCCUACUACUGGAAGAGCAGCUGUCAAUGCAGUAGCUUCCAGUUGAUAAACUGCUAUGACUGUGGUAUGUAGCUGCUGCAUGGUCUGGUCAGACAUCUGCUUGGUGUGAUUGUAUAGCAGUGGUGUCUCCUCAUUUGAUCACUCUGAAGGGCCCCUGGAAAUGUCUUCAUAGAUUCCCCCUUUAACUUUCAACUCAUCUGGUCACUUGCUCAUUAGCGCAUGGCAUACAACUUGUAAACUUUGUCAUCAAUUUAAGCCUGUUUUUGGCUCUGUAGCCCCCCCCCAUUUUUCUUUCUCUCUCAAAACCCCUUCAUUUCUUCUUGUUUGUUUUUUUUGUCCUUGUCAGCAACUGUAAAUUUAGGGUUUAUGCAUGCUGACAGUGGAGAUUCAAGGUGCUUUAUUGGGAGUGCACCUACCCUUGCAACAGUAAUGUUACAACUGGAAAGGUCCUGAUAUUCUGCUCCUCUGAAAUAGCUCAGGUUAUGUCCUAACUUCUGUGCCUGCAGGUUUCCAGUCAUAACUUGUUUUGCGUUAGAUGUUUCGACAGCAGCACCAUGCCCACAGUAACAGCCUGUUUUGUAGCAUUAUUUGGACAAAAUGAGAAAAUGGUGCUGUUUGUGAUUUCACUUUGUCAAGCAGCAGUGUGCAAAAAAACAAACAAACCCUAUGAAAAUAAAAUGGUUGGCAAGACCUAACUCCUUUAUUAUAGGUGUGCCAUGGAGACCAGCCAAAAGGUGAAUGAUGACUUCAAGUAAUUAACUAAAAGAAACUCUUAGAGAAACCUUCAGUUGAAUCUGUAUGUAUGCAAUGUUUGCUUGGAGAUGGCCCAUUGAGUUUCAGUUGUAUAUUGCUUUCCUCUUGCUGUCUGAAUAUAUUUGUAGCUUUUUGCAUUUGAUGUAAUGCCUAUAGAAGCCUUUUCAAUGUAUGUAGAGCAUUUGGUUGAAAGUUAUGUAUAUAGUGCUCUUACUGUACAGUCCCUUUGAAACCAAAACCAGAGCUGUCUACUCAUCCUAGUCAUGUGCUAAAAACUGGGGCCAAGCUUGCUGGCUUUUCAAAGAUAACUCAAAGCUUCUAUUUUUGUUAAUAAAAUGAUGAAAAAGUCAAAAUAAAACACUGAACAUUGAUCACA